ACAAAAAAAUGGUCGUUUUGUUAAUUAAUUUGUCUUCAAUCAAAGCAAGAAGAAUAUACCUACUUAAAAUAUAUAUUUUUUAAUUAAUUUGGUUUUAUCUAAUGUUUAUGUAAUUUGUAAAAAAUUCAAACAUUUCGCAACCUAUUGUUUGCAGACAAUCUGUGUUAUUAUUUCAAAGAGAUUUCCAUUGAAUCCAUCGAAGUAACUGAGAUUGAAUCCAAAAGACUAAAGAAUAAGAAUCUUUGGAGACAAAGAUGGAUUUUAGUUCUCAUAAUCCGACAACAUCGAACGCUCUCAACCUAGCGGCCAGAAAUAAUAAUGUUAGGGCCGUGAGGUCUUUGUUGAAGAAAAUGAAUCCUAAUUGCGUAGAUAAUAGAGGGUGGACGUGCCUUCACGAGGCAGCUGAUAGGGACAGUUACGAAAGCUUAUUACUUAUACUAAAGCACCCCGACUGUCGGCCUCUUGCCGAGACUUACGAGGGACACACUGCACUUUACCUUGCUUGCCGUCGAAAGUGUUCUAUUAGAACAAUCAAAGCACUUCUGGACAGUGCUGAUGACAUAGCUAAUUAUGGAAGCACUGAAAGCGUUACCCCAUUACAUAUAGCUAGUGAACAAGGACGAGUUGAACUGAUACAAUUGUUAUUAGACUAUGAUGCCAUGAUCAAUGUACAAGACUUUGAUGGUGAUACUCCCUUGCAUGACGCAGCCAUGGCUACAGAACAUGAAGCUGUAGCAAUUUUAUUGCAUGCUGGAGCUGAUCCAGACAUAAAAAAUGACCCUAAUUAUUUCACACCAUUCCAUUUAGCAUGUAGCAAGGGCUGUAUACAAACAGUAAAAAAUAUAUUACCAUACAUUACAGACAUCAAUCAUCUCACAGUAGGUGGAGAUAGCCCCUUGAUGUCAGCUGUGUAUGGCUGCUCUGAUGAAAUAGUACAAUUAUUACUUGAAAACAAAGCUGACCCUCAUCUUAGGAAUGAAGACAACCAAACUGUUUUAGAUAUGGCAUUAAGUUAUGGAUACAUCUCAAUUUUCAAAACUUUAUUAUCAGUAACAAAGAAGGAGCACAUCAGUCCAAAUAUUAUUCUCCAUGCCUGUAAACCACAUUGUUUCAACUUGGAAAUAUUGGAAGCUUUGUUGUACCACAAAGAUAUUGGCCCAGAGUUCUUUGAUUUUAUAGAACCAUUUCAUGUAUUUUUAGAAAGAAUCGGUGACCUUAUGCCAUUUUACCUGACCAAUGCUCCUUUGAAUUCGUAUUUGAAUAUAUGUGAAUAUAUUUACAAUCAGUCUCCAGAGACAUUCAAAAAGUAUUUUUAUUUAUUUUUGUCUAGAGGUGUUGGAGUUAAUGCUAUAGAUAUAAAUGAAUGUCCACCAAUAGUGUACAUACAUUACUGUGGCCAUUCUACAUCAUUUCCACAUGUGUUUGAAAUACUCAUAGAACAUGGAUGUAAUGUAGAUUACUGCACUGCAAGAUCUUGCACAGAUAAAGACAAAUGUGUGCCAGAUGCCUUCCUAGCGUCCUUGACCUCCGACCCCAGGACUGUACUUCAUAUGUUGCCAUAUAGUUUGCACUGCGACCCUGGCGCUCUAUUAGAGUUUGCUUUCAAAAAUGGAGUAGGAAAUAGAAUAUCUUUGCAAGUACAAACUAGACUAAUGUGUAUGAUUGACGAAAGCUAUGAGAGUAUUUAUGCUGACCAUCUUUGUUAUUUGGUGCCAUCCCUAAGGCACUUAAGUCGGUUAAAAAUAAGAAGUGUUUUAAGAAACAGGAAAGGUGGAGUGAAGUCAACAAAAGAAUUCCUCGACUUACUCAAUAUAUUACCAAUACCGCCAUUGUUGAAAAAUUAUUUGCGAUUUGUUUGUUAAAUUUAGUUCUAUUAAUUUAUUGAAAGAUAUUAUCAUUUUUAAAUGUGUUUAUUAUAAGUAAUCUUGAAAAUGUUGUAAAUAUUUGUAAACAAUGUUUAAUAUAUUAUUCAAGUUAAA